AUGGCUGCCAGCUCUUCUCUCGACCAUCUGAGCAACCGUAUGAAGCUGGAAUGGCACGCCAAGCUCAACACGGAAAUGGUUCCUGCGAAGAACUUCCGUCGCACUUCCAUCAUUUGCACCAUCGGUCCUAAGACUAACUCCGUCGAGAAGAUUAACGCUCUCCGCAAAGUCGGCCUUAAUGUUGUUCGCAUGAACUUCUCCCAUGGCUCAUAUGAGUAUCAUCAAUCCGUCAUUGACAAUGCCCGCGAGGCCGAGAAGGUCCAAUCUGGACGCCCUCUCGCGAUUGCUCUCGAUACUAAAGGACCUGAGAUCCGUACCGGAAACACUGUUGGCGACAAGGACAUCCCAAUCAAGGCCGGUCAUGAGCUCAACAUCACCACUGACGAGAAGUAUGCCACUGCCUGCGACGACCAGAACAUGUACCUCGACUAUAAGAACAUCACCAAGGUGAUCGAAGCCGGCAAGCUGAUCUAUGUCGACGAUGGUAUUCUCUCCUUCCAGGUCCUCGAGGUUGUAGACGACAAGACCCUGCGUGUCAAGUGCUUGAACAACGGCAACAUCUCUUCCCGCAAGGGUGUCAACCUGCCUGGUACCGACGUUGACCUUCCCGCUCUGUCUGAGAAGGACAUCAGCGAUCUGAAGUUCGGUGUCAAGAACAAGGUCGACAUGAUCUUUGCCUCGUUCAUCCGUCGCGGAAGCGACAUUGAGCACAUCCGUAAGGUGCUAGGUGAGGAGGGUAAGGAGAUCCAGAUCAUUGCCAAGAUCGAGAACCAGCAGGGUGUCAACAACUUCGAUGAGAUUCUUGAAGCCACUGAUGGUGUCAUGGUCGCCCGUGGUGACUUGGGUAUCGAGAUUCCCGCUCCCAAGGUCUUCCUGGCCCAGAAGAUGAUGAUCGCCAAGUGUAACAUGAAGGGCAAGCCCGUCAUCUGUGCCACCCAGAUGCUCGAGUCCAUGACAUACAACCCCCGUCCCACUCGUGCUGAGGUUUCUGAUGUCGCCAACGCUGUUCUCGACGGCGCCGACUGUGUCAUGUUGUCUGGUGAGACCGCCAAGGGUAACUACCCUACCGAGGCUGUCACGAUGAUGUCCGAGACCUGUCUGCUUGCCGAGGUUGCUACCCCCCACUUCCAGGUGUUCGAUGAGCUCCGUAACCUUGUUCCCCGCCCUACUUGCACCGCUGAGUCCAUCGCCAUGGCUGCCGUCAGCGCCAGUCUGGAGCUCAAUGCUGGUGCCAUUGUUGUCCUCACCACCAGCGGUAAAACUGCUCGCCUUCUGUCCAAGUACCGCCCCGUUUGCCCCAUUCUCAUGGUCACUCGUAACCCCAUGGCUGCCCGGUAUUCCCACCUGUACCGUGGUGUCUGGCCCUUCACCUUCCCUGAGACGAAGCCCGACUUCAACGUCAAGAUCUGGCAGGAGGAUGUCGACCGUCGCCUCAAGUGGGGUAUCUCUCACGGCCUCAAGCUCGGCCUCAUUAACAAGGGCGACAACAUCGUCUGUGUUCAGGGAUGGCGCGGCGGUAUGGGCCACACCAACACCGUCCGUAUUGUCCCCGCUGAGGAGAACCUUGGCCUCGCUGAGUAA